AACAAGCUUUCAACAUUUCUAAUGAUUCUAAUGAAGCAGCAGUAGCAGCAAAGUUGAAACCUCAAGAACAAAAACAACAACCAGAAGCCCCUGUCAAAGACUGGAAACAAACCAUGUUAGAAGCAACAAAAAUGGCAGAACAACCUCCAAAUGCCCCCGUCGAAGACCGGAUGCUAGAGGCAGAUUUGAAACUUCCAGAAACACCAAAAAAGAUGACAGAACAACAAUCAGAAGUCACCGUCAAAGACUGGAGACAAAUUAUGUUAGGAGUAACAGGAAACAUGGCAAAACAAGCCCCCGUCGAAGACCGGAAGUUAGAGGUGUUAGAGACAGACUUAAAACUUCCAGAAACACCAAAAGCUCCCGUCAAAGACUUGAAACAACCCAUAUUUGAAGCAAAAAGCAAACCUGACUUAAAAAACAAUCCAGAAACAGCAAAAGUGUUACCAAUAAACAUGGUAGCUCCAAAUAAUAUAAGGCGACAAGAAGAAAAAUUUAAUAAUAAUGGGACAACUCGAUUUCGAAUUUCACAACUAGCGAAGAAGUGGGAACGACCGACCAUCAGAAUGCAAGAUAAAAGUCUUGAGCAAAAAGAGAAAACGAAUAUCGAAACGGCUGAAAAACCUCGACCUCAACCCUCACAACUAGCGAGAGUAUGGGAACGACCAACGACCAGACUGCAAGAUGAAACUCAUGCGUUAAAUGAAAAUAAAACACAAUUUGUAUUGAUAAGUAGACUUCCAUUGACCGCAAUACCGGGUGAUAUUCGAAGCUUGGCAACGAAAGAAUUGGAACCAUCAAUUAAAGAGAUAUGUGUAUGGAGAAAUGAGUUUUAUCGAUGUACCGGGAAAAUGGCCGUAGCUUUUAAUUCGUUAAGCGCAGCCGAAAAAUUCAUCAGGGCUAAUCUUAAUAGUGCUGUGGCUGGACAAAGAAUUUCAUGCGAUUUUAUCGAUGUAUAUAAAAGAAACCGUAUCGGUGAAUUAGUUAAACGACCUGGGACUUAUGUUACACUUUUAGGAUUACCAGGAACAAUAUCUCAUAGACGAAUGGACAUUGCUUUGUCAGAAUAUGCGGUGAUAGAUAGAGAGUCUACUGGUAUAAGACUGUUGCGAUGUAUGGGACGAGAGUUAACGUCAAAAUGGCUCAUAAAAUUAGAGUCAACAAGAGAGGCACAUCGUUUAAUUAGGGAUGUAAAUAAUCAAUAUUUUAUGCCUGGAGAGAUGCCUUUUAAGAAUGAAAAAAAGGUCGAAGAAGAUAAUGAACCUUCAGUAAAAAUAUCCGAAACAUUCGGAGUAAGCACCUUUGGUGGUGGUAGUAGUAGUGACACUCGUCCUUCUGUAGUUGCUUUGUCUCCUGUUGAUAAUGGUAGUAGCAGUAAAGACAUUUCUCGUCCAGAACAAAACAUACAUUUAAAAGACAGUGCUCCAACUUCGCCGUGUCAAACUACUACAAUGACUGAUAAUAUAGCAUUGAGAAGGUACAGACAUAUUAGCAUUGCAUCUGUCAGAACGAUGCGUCGUAAUCGUCGACGUUUCCGAAUACGGAUUUUUGGGCAAUGGGUGAAAUUGCAAGUCGGCACACUCUUUACCCAAGCUUAUCAAAAACUACACCAACGAAUUCAAAAUCAACUAAUCCUUGCUCAACAGGAUCAAAAUGCUGUUCAAUCAACUCGCCAACCUGUUGCGGUUUCAACACAAACUCUUUGCACUGUUGCGACACAGACUGAUUUAACCGAUAGUAGAGAAAAAUUGAAAGGACAGGAUGGACAUUCUAAAUACACAAAGUACUCCGAACACGUAAAAUCAAAUUCACGUAGAGCUUCUCUUAUGCAGUCCAAAUCAAAAUAUUCGUUAAAGUCUGAAUCUUCGCCGCCUAAAAAAUAUACAACCACAAGGAUGUCACGUUAUAUCCUGAACGUUCCAUUUGACACACUAGCCACAUCUACCACACCAACACCUACACCUACAAUACAAAAAUCAAUUAUACCUCCUAAUGUAAUGAUUCCAUCCGGAAAACCAUUGGAUUCGUUUUUACCUCUGGCGAGGGAUCCAAUAACACCUCCGUUACUCUCGCCUCAAAUUCCUGAAACCAUCAAUAAUAAAGACAAUGAGGGCAUCGUUACUAACACGAAAUCAAUUACUAAAAAUAGUAAGCAACCGCCUCUCAAUAAAGAUGUUUCCGAAAAAGACACUGAUUUAGCCGAUGGCAAUUCUUCUGAAACCUUGUCAAUAAAAAAUAAACAAAAGUCAAAUGAAUCAACUCCUGGAAAGGUAACCAGAACCAAAAAAAAAGGGGAAUCUAAAAAUGAACUAAGUAAAUUGGAGAAAGAUAAAUCAAUAAUUACUAGGAAAUAUAAAAAAACCAAUGAUAAGUUAUCCGAGGAAUCAUCUUCGGACUUUGAGAUUGAUAAAACAAUUGCAAAUUCUAUUCAGACAAAGCCAUCAACACCGAAGGUCACACGCAAAAAUGUAAGCCCCGGUUAUUAUUCAGCGAUCUUUUCGUCUGAUGAAGAGUUACUUUCUCCAUCAUCAAACUUUGGAAAAACAGCCCGAGAAAACAAAACAGCUGAAAUUUACACUGCGAAUCCCUCUUCAGAUAAAGAGAUUAAUGGCGAUGAAACUAUAAGUUUAGAAAGUAAAUCAAUCCUCGUUACAACUCCACCAACACCGGGCAAUAAAAAAGAGAGGAGUUCUUUAAACGUUGCUCAACCUUUAGUAACAUUUUCAUCUGAAAAAUCAAUAAAAACAGCAUCAAUCUCACCAGUAAAGACUGCACAAACUUCACCAGUAAAGACGGCACAAACUUCAUCAGUAAAAACGGCAUCAAUAUCACCGGUAGAAGCAUCAAAGCCUAACAAAGAUCAAAAAUCAAAAGAAAUGAAUGAAUUCGAU